GCGAGGGCCCGGGCAGAGCUUGGGGUGCACAGCGGCUUUCUCCGCACGGCCCUGCAGCUAGUGAGCCACAGUGCCGACCAGGAGAUGGUGGAAGGACCAGGCUGUACUCUAAAUGGAGAGAAAAUUCGGGCGCGAGUGCGCCCGGGCCAGGCGGUGACGGACUUGCGGGGAAGCGCCCUGCAGAGCCUGGGUGUGGUCUCUUCCCAGGCUGCUGCGCUGAACAAUAAUAAAGAUUCCAGCCAGAACUUCUCGAGACUGUUUAAUGGACACGUUUACAGUGGUGUACAAACUUUGGGGAAAGAGCUCUUUAUGUACUUUGGACCAAAAGCUUUACGGAUUCAUUUUGGAAUGAAAGGCUCCAUCAUGAUUAAUCCACUGGAGUAUAAAAAUAAACAUGGAGUUUCUCCUGUCCUUGAAGUCCAGCUCACUGAAGAUCUCAUUUGUUUCUUUGACUCAUCGGUAGAAUUCAGAAGCUCUACAGAAAGCCAACAGAGAAUAAGAAUGAUGGAAGAAUUAGAUGUAUGUUCGCCUAAAUUUAGUUUCUCAAGAGCAGAGAGUGAAGUUAAAAAGCAAAAAGGACGGAUGUUGUGUGACGUGUUAAUGGACCAGAAAGUAUUGCCUGGGGUGGGGAACAUCAUCAAAAAUGAAGCUCUCUUUGACAGUGGCCUCAACCCAGCUGUCAAAGCUUGUCAGUUAACAGAUGAACAGACCCAUCACCUUGUGAAAAUGAUACGUGACUUCAGUGUUCUUUUUUAUAGGUGCCGGAAAACUGGAUCUGUUAUCUCUAAACACUAUAAGGUUUACAAGCGUCCUAACUGUUGUCAGUGCUGUUGCAAAAUAACUGUGUGUCGCUUAGGAGAGAAUAACAGGAUGACAUAUUUCUGUCCUCGCUGUCAAAAAGAAAAUCCUCAACAUGUUGACAUAUGCACGCUGCCAAGGAGAAACACUACGGUCACCUGGCCAUCCAGCAGAGGGGACCAUGUGGCUCGGAAAUCCGAAGAGCAGUGGACGUGUGUGGUCUGCACGCUCAUAAACAGGCCGUCUUCGAAGGCUUGUGAUGCUUGCCUGACUUCAAGACCUAUUGAUUCAGUAAUCAACAAUGAAGACAAUUCUAUUGCCUUUGACAGCUUAGUGAAGUAUCCUUGUAAUAGUUUUGGAAAACCAAGUACAGAGGUGAAGGUCAACAGGAGAACAGUAUUUGGAACUACAACCCUUGUCUUGACCGAUUUCAGCAGUAAAUCCAGUGCUUUGGAAGGAAAAACAAGCCAAAGUGGGAUACUAGAUAGAGAAUUUCAAAACUCUCCUCCGACUGACAUGUGUUUUAGGGAUCCACUGCACCCCUCCAAGGAGAGAGCAAACCAUAGAACUCAACCAUCUAACAGAGUAAACGGAUCACCUACGGCCUGUUCUCAGUCCAAAUUAUUUAGUCCAGCCUAUAAAAAGUUAAAAACAACCCACUCCUCAUCACCAGACCUCAAAAGCGGUAGCCCUGGAUUUUCUAACAGCCACGAAGGCCCAGAGAGCGUGUGUGCCACAGUUGUAGCUGAACUUGAAAAGUUGUCAUUGCAAAUUCGUGAAUACAGGCAGACCAGGUAUGUUUUGAGACUCUGACCUUCCCAUCUAGAAGCAGCCUCCCAAUGGCUGUCGCUGGAGAUAGAGAAAUUUUACUAAACGAUGUCCCCCUUCUGUGAUUACGGCAGCACCUAGAACUACCUGUCCACACUCUCUAGAUCUUUAUCUGGGGCUUCUCUACUCUGGCCACCUGCUCUUGGGCCUCCAUCAGAGAGAGACAUGUCUCCACAGUUUCUUUUUCAAGCUGUGUUUUCCUUUUUCCUUCAGAAAGCAGGUGCCGUACAUCCUGCGUUUUUAAAUAAAGUGAAGUUGGAGCGUUUCCUUCCCAUGGGUGUUGUCUUGCCAGUGGGAGAGAGGCGGAGGGAGAGUUGGUGUGCGUGGGAUUUCAUGCGAUCACAGCGGGAUUUGCGUUACUGGCUUCUCCACCGAUGGGCUGUGUCCUGGCUGAGUGGAAGGUUCUUCCCUUGGGCCGCACCACCAGGGGCCACUUGAUGUGCAGGCCCAGACCAGGCUCUGGGAACCCUUCGUUCGAGCUUACUUGCUAACAGAUUUCCGAGGCGGUGUGUGGUCAGUACAUGAUUUUGUCUCCAGUUUCCUGUCACGACACUAAAUUUGCCAUCGGUUAGUCUUGAUGAUUUCUCCUUGACCGUCUCUCAAAAAAUCUCAUUCACAGUCAUUUAUAAUAUCUGUUUUAACUUGUGUCCAUAAUACUAAGAAAUGGCAGAUGUUUGAAUUAAGCUAUGGAGGCCAAGCAUUUAAAUGACUGGAUCAGGACUAACUUUACAUUUUAAUCCCAGUUAACAUCUAAUGAACUUUAAUCAGAGGUCAUGAAGGAGGUAGGGUCUGGAGCAUCUGAGUUGGGAGACCAUCCUGUAAGAAAGUCAUUUGUUAAGUCUUUUCUGUAGCUUAAGAGCAAAGAUGUAGAUGUGAUCAUUUUAGUGUUGUGGCAUUCUUUGUACUCAGCUGAAAUAUCUUGGCAUAUUUUUGUUUCCUUAGUGCUUUGUAGAAAAUCUUAGACAAUUUAACUAAUGAAUUAGGGAUUUAAAAAAACAUUACUGUAACCUUAAAUUUAAACGAUUUCUUCAUAAGCCAUUAGUAAUAGGGUCAUAUGAUUAAUCACAGUGCAUAACAUUACUUAGAAACGCCGCAGCCUAUGUAUGUGUUGAAUAUAAGAACCCCAGGACUGAGACUCUAAAAUCAAUCAAGAUCAACUAGCAGAAUAUAUGUCAAGUGAUGAAAUACAUUCACCCAGCAGCCCUUCUGCACCCAGCUACUUUACAAGGAAUAAAUUGCAAAUUACUGUCAUUUAUUUCAUUUUUCUCCUUGUCUGGCAGCUUCAGUGUUCAUCUUGUGGACAAGAUGCCCAGCAGAAGCUCACAACCUAAUAGGUGAAAACAGGUGGUCCACUCAGAGAAUUUAUAGGCAGUUUAUUUUUUUCUUUAAUAAUUAUAUGGUAAUUAAUUCGCCUUUUGUUCUCUUAAUUACUGAUCCCAUCACUACACUACACGAUACGUGCUCUGUUGGCGAGGCAUAUUUUCGGAUUGGUCUUUGGAUAUACCGGAGUUUUAUCCAGUGACCGGAUUAUGAAUUAGAUGGUCGAACCAGUUUUUUAGCAGUUGAGAGUACCUGCUAGAAACAGUUUAAAGCCUUUGAUCCAAUUAGUGUAAAUACAGAACAAAACACAGUGGUACAUAUUCAGAGAAUCCAUGUGUUUGUUUGGGUGAAGGUUUCUCCUGAGCUGGUGCGGAGGUUUGCUUGGGUGAGGAAAUAAAACUGGCGGAAUCACUACCAUUUUCUCACGUCUGUUACAUCAAGGUUGGCAGAGUGCCACCUCCAACACCAGGGAAACACCCCUUAUUCAUGCUUCCUGUAACCUUCAGGGUAUUCGAUCCCCAAGAGAACCACCUGGGGCCAGCUAGGAUGAGUCAUUUUACCUCCCUGUGUUUGUUUUCAUUCUUGAAAUGCCACUGAGCUACAAAAUCUACAUUCAGUGAGACUGAAGGGUUCAAAAAAAUGUAGACAGUGGUUUUAUUAUAAGGAAUCACCCUAUCUGUAAAAUUAGUUAAGCCAUGAUGAAUUGAGCAUUGAAAACCUAUCCAUUUUAAAAUUACACAGUUGUGCAUGGUGAUGUAUUCUCUCUUGAGAAGAGUUUUUAUCUGAGCUGUGUUCAGUGUUAUUUAUUCAUUAACAAAUAUUUAUUGAAAACCUAUUAUGCAUCCAGCGCUGCUCAGUUCAGAUGACUUUUGCUUUAGGAAACUACGGUUGGCAGAGCCAAAUCCAGCCUCCCGCCUGAUUUUAUAAAUAAAGUUUUAUUGGAACACAUUCCAUUCCCGUUGGUUUCCAUAGUUUGCAUGGCCGCUUUUCAUGCUACAAUAUCAGACAGAAUUGAGUAGUCGCAACGGAGACUGUUAAGACCCACAGGCCGAAAAUAUGUGCUAUCUGAAAACAUUUGUCAACCCCGAUCCAUUAACAGACCAUUUAUAGUCUAUUAAUGUUCAAAGUGAUGGUCCUAAUUAUAAAAUAAGUUGAACUAUUCUUAUGCUAAGUUUACCUAAGAAAAUGUUCUGCUACAGUUUACAAAGUUCUUAAAUAAUGAUGGAAACAAAGAGGAACCAGGAAGUCCUCGAUUCCUCAGAACAUUUAUCCUGGAUGAUGUUUUCUAUCAUAAAAUUAAGAUUAGCUGUGCAUAUUUAGAGUUGAUGCGAUCACAGGUGGCAUCAGUAUCUUGGUUACGUUCACUCUGCUUCACGACUCAAUGUGCAUACGAAUCACCUGGGAAUCUUGUUAACAUGCAGAUUCUAAUUCAGUAGGCGAUCUGGAGCAGGGUGGAUAAUUCUGUAUUUCUUUUACUUUUUUAAGUUUAUUGAUUUAUUUUGAGAGAGAGAAAGAAGGGGGGAGGAGCAGAGAGAGAGAGAGAGAGAGAGAGAGAGAGAGAAUCACAAGCAGACUCUGCCGCACUGCCAGUGCUGAGCCUGACAAGGGGCUCGAUCCCACGAACUCUGAGACCAUGACCUGAGCCGAAACCAAGAGUCGGACGCUUCACAGACUGAGCCCCCCCAGGCUCCCCCAAUUCUGUGUUUCUCAGGCUCUCCCAGGUGAUGCCGAUGCUUCUAGUCAGCAGCCCAUACUCUGAGUGCCAGGGAUAAGAGAGCAUAUGGCUGUUGUUUUUCUUUAGCUUUAUACCAAGGAAGAAAAUGGAAUGAAAGACAGAAAUGAGGAGCCAGAGGGGACCCCUGGAGCCUUUUAUCCCCAACUGAAUCCUACCUUCCACCCUUCCACUUUGCCCCUCCCCAGGAAAGCUUUACUAGGAAAGAGUUUAAACCUCUCUUGGCUAAUAUGGAACUCUGGAGAUUUCUAGGUUGAAGCAGAUGGCUUGGAAGUGUUCAACUAAUUGUUAUCUAAGACAGCCACUUCCAUAAUGUAGAAAACUGUUUGCAAGUGUGUAUUUUUUUUUUUUUAUAAGAAAGCAUCACUUCACUCCUAUCAAUAUUCUUUACCUUUUUUUUUCUUUCUCUUAACAGUUUCUUUAAAAGCACAUUUAUGGUCUACUUGCUUUGGUGUCAGUGUUUUUUUUUUUUUAUUAAAAAAAUUUUUUUUAAUGUAUUUUUGAGAGACAGAGAGAGACUGAGCGUGAGUGGGAGAGGGGCAGAGAGAGAGAGGGAGACACAAUUCCAAGCAGGCCCCAGGCUCUGAGCUGUCAGCACAGAGCCCGACUCGGGGCUUGAACUCAUGAGUAGUGAGAUCACGACCUGAGCCAAAGUCAGACGCUUAACCGCCUGAGCCACCCAGGCAGCCCCACAUUUUUGAUGUUUCUUGACUUCUCUGCACCACCUAGAUAUUUAACUUCUCUUGAAGUUAAAAUUUUAAUGUAUCCUCUUUUGGAAGGGGCAUCGGAAAAAUGGAGGGAGUAUGGAAAAGAAAAUCCUGUUGCCUUCCAGCUUUGCUAUUUCUGGAUGUUAAUACAGUUGAUCCUAAUUGUGGGGGAGAAUAAAGCUUCCCUACUGGCUUGACAAAAUACACAUUUCUUCUCUGCCAGGCAGCCCAGGCCUUGCUGAAAUAUGACUGCAACUAUUAUAGUAGCCUUGGUCAAAGAAAAGCGUAGAAAAUUGUCUUUAAAAUGGACGAUAGAAAGACUGAUCUUUUUGGCCUUGUCACAGCCAUCCACGAGAGCUUGCUACCGAUGAGGAAAUAAUUAGAGAAGACUGUCAUUCUAGUUACUUUGGGGGCUGGGGAGCUACUGAACUUGAGAAUAUUUUAGAGGAAAUGAAAGUGGCCACCCUAUACUACUGAGUAAGGGAAGAACCAGUUAUCACAAAUGAAAACUAAGGAAAGUAGGUAUGCUGGGUACACAUUUCAGCUGUUUUCGUACUUCAGAAAUGUUAAUUGCAUGCUUUGGGUGCACAGGUGGCUUUGGAGGUAAGUUAGGAUUACCUGAAAAAAACAGGAAUUAAACAGAUGUGGUAGCAGUGUGUGGAAUGACGUGCCAUUGACCCUGGUCCCCUUUUUGGCACCUCGUCUUUAUACAAGCAGAAUUUUUUUUUUUUUUUAAUGUUUAUUUUUUGAGAGAGAGAGAAAGAGAGAGUGAGCAGGGGAGGGGCACAGAGAGAAGAAGACACAGAUUCUGAAACAGGCUCCAAGCUCUGAGCUGUCAUGACAACACAGAGCCCCAUGCGGGGCUCGAACCCACAGACCAUGAGAUCAUGACCUGAGCCGAAGUCUGACACUUAACCGAUGGAGGCAGCCGGGUACCCCGGUACGAGCAGAAUUCUAAUGCAGGGGAAGGCGGUGGGGAUUAUCCCUUUAGCGCUGUUGGGCUGUAGUAACUUU